AUACGCAGUUAAAUAAGUUUUAAUCAAGAUUAUCUUGAUAGCAACUUGUCGUGUGAGAUUUUAAUUAUGUACGCACUAGGAUAUGCUAAUUUAAGGAUUAAUUUAUUCGACCUUUUUUAAAUUUUAUGCGUAGUCUGUGAUACAGAAAUAAUGUCUAAGACGUUCGACAAAAUGAGUUUACCGGAAGAAGUGGCUGAGAGGUUACCUAUCCUCGGACAACAAUCUAAAGACGGUCAACCAGUUUCCGACACUGCUGUAUAUUCGAGAAGAUGGUACAUUCUGAUCGUCUUCUGUCUCGGUAGUUUCUGUCAGGCAUUGGUAUGGAACACUUGGGGUCCUAUCACCGAGUCUGCAGAAAUCGUGCUCGAUUGGCAGGACAGUAACAUAGGCAUGUUGGCUAACUACGGUAACAUUGCCUUUAUGAUCACAGUACUUCCGAUGUGCUACCUAGUCGACGUAAAAGGUCUCCGGAUAUCACUAUUGAUUUGUGCGUUUCUAGUGAUGGCGGGAACAUCUAUAAGAUGUAUUACUCUACAUCCGGUUCCGGCCACUUGGCUUGCAAAUAUUUGCGCAGUACUUAAUGGUAUAGGUGGCUCUGUGCCGUUUGCUGGGCCAGCAGCUUUGUCGUCGGUAUGGUUUCCGCCGGAUCAGAGAGCCACGGCAACAGCGAUAGUAUCAUUUGCUAACUACCUCGGUGUCUCAUUGUCUUUCAUCAUUGGACCUCAGAUGGUCUCAAGUCCUGCAUAUAAAACCACAAACUCUACAACACAUGACAAUAUAACGGAUAUAGCCAUAAGAUCACCUUCAAUAGGCAUGGUUCAUUCAAUGGGAACAUUCCACGUUGUUCCCGUGCUCAACAAUAUAUACGCCUACAGUAAUCAUACUCAUAAAGAGCUCAUUAACAAGACAAAUCUUAUAACGGACAUCAAAAAUUAUCUGUACUUCCAAGCUGGUUUAGGAGUGCUGUUCUUUCUUCUGGUACUGAUCUACUUCCCUGCUCGACCACCAAAACCACCCAGUGCCACAGCGGCGAUUAAACGUACAGAGUACAUGACAGGAUUGUCCCGGCUACUGUGUAACGGGUCAGUUUGGUUGAUAGUGUUGGCAUAUGCCUUGCCUACAGGAAUCUUAGGGGUGUGGCAGUCGGUUCUGGAUGUGAACUUGAAACCUCUAGGUAUAUCCCAAAAUACAGCUGGUUAUAUGGGAUUCUGGCAAACGUUGGCCGGGUGUACAGCAGGGCUUGUCAUUGCAAGGUUUGCAGAUAUAUUUAUGAAAAGAAUGAAAUUGUUUCUGAUAACACUGUUCCUCGGUGCAGUAGCAGCCUCGGCAUGGUUCUUCGUACUGUGGGAGAAAUUUAUUCCUUUUAAUAUUACGUCGUUGUAUGCGGCGUGUAUUCUGAUAGGUAUACUGAUCAAUGGAGGAAUACCGUUAUUCUAUGAGAUAGCAUGUGAAGCUAGUUACCCUGUAGCAGAGGGUGUCACAGGAGGGUUCCUCACUCUGAUAAACAAUAUAAUUGGAAUUUGUUUCCUCUUCGUAAUGUUGAUACCAAAUAUUGGUCAGUCAUGGAUGAAUGAAGUUCUGCUGGCAUCGGCGGUACUGGCUCUACCAUUAUUGUUUGUUUUCCCGGAACGAUACAGACGAACUGACCUUGACAUUACCAUUGAUAUUGAUUCAAAAGUCGGAGAUUUACAAGCGUCUGUAAAAACUAUUGAAAAUGAAAUUGACGGUGUGUGAUUAGAUGUGUAACCAUGGACACGGAAAUGGAGGGAUUUCGUUGACGGUGUUUUAAUAAACGCUAAAACAGACGACUUUCAUUGAAAUUCGAAGUUUGUUAAAAUCUUGGAAAACAGAACAUUCUUACAGGAAUUCGAUGAAUGACUGCUAAAGUGUUAGUGUUUUCCUUCGCUUUUCUGUGAUGUUUAUAAGGUCAUUUAAAACUGCGGAGUACUCUGUGAAUAUAAAAAAAAUGAACUUUAAGAUUGUCCCCAAUUGCAUACGCAUUUUUCAUUGACAUAUUACAUAAAUAGAGACUUAAGCGAGGUAUAUAUUUAGUUUUUCGGACCUGAGAAAAGUUAUUUGAGUUCUGGUAGAUGUGAUUUUUAUCAGGUCAGAGAAAAACUACAUAUUGACCGAAUCAAGUCUAUGCUCGUUAUAUCGAAUACCACUAGUUUUAACAGAGUAUAUAUUUAUCUUUUGAAAGAAUAACACGCCGUUAUAUAACCAUCAGAUCUACCGACUUUUGACGGUCUGCAGGUCUUCUUUUUUGCGGACUCGUGAUGUCAAGACUGCUUUCAGAACGGGCAUUUAUUCAUUGCUUGUGCUUCCAAAGAAAAUGUCUUCAUUUCAAAUUAUUUAAAAAACGUAACCUAAAAAUGAGAAACCUUUCCAAACCUUAUAACUGCUGGUAUACAAUAUAUCUGUGAUAUUUUCACAAUGUUACAAUUUGUUAAGUUAAAAAUCAAAAAGAGGAAGUUUAUAUCUUCUUCAGAAAAUGUCUUGCACUGUAUUUUACUUCUUUUCAGUAUUACAAAUUUAUUGACGAAAAGUAAAACAUGUGGUAAAAUAAAUAUAUUUUUUACGAAAAGUAAACCACGUGGUCAUUUAGUAUUUUUCAAUUCUAGACUAUGCAUAUCAUGUAUUUAAAUUAAAUAUCUAUAUGAACUAUGAUUUCAAAUAUUUUGACUAUUCACGUUUUUCCAACUAGUUAAUUUUGAGAUAUGAAUAGAAAUUUACUUUGGUUUAAUUGUAAACCCUUCUGUACCGGUUAAUGUAAUAUGAAAUAGAAUGACUUAUCGUUAAAUAUUGUAGGUACUUAUUGUAUUUUAUUGUGAAUGUGAUAUACAAUGUUGUUAUCCCUGUAUAUAUUUGCAUGUACAUUUUAACCUACGUAAUUUCAACUGUUAUUUCACAUCGGUAAGGUUUCGUUUUAUAAGACAGUUUACUCUUUAAAAUACAUGUAGUUGUUCAUGACCUUUUCAAUAAUAUAUACAUGCUAAUUAUAUUUUGUUGUGUAGGAUUACAGAAUGUUCUAUUUUGAUACCAUUACAUGUUAAUAUUAACUUUAUUAUAAAUAGAAACGUUUGCUUAGUUUAGGCGCCUGUGGGACAGUCCAAUGAUUGUGGGUUAGAACUCAACUAGGGUCAAAACAAAGUCAUAUGGUCAUAGCACUAAUCGGUUCCAGCCUCCAGGUAGGGGAAUCGAAAGUGUUUUAACCUUAAGGCAGGUGGCGGUAACUGAUUCACGCGACCAGUGCAGACUAAUUGGUUCGAAUUUACUGGAGUAUAUGCUUUUCUUAUCUCCAGCAGGUGAGGUGAUUUUGACCCCUGGUUUUUGCUUUUAAGUUUGUAAAACCAGAGGUAAACCAAAACCAUCGUUCCUGUUUCGGCGAAAUAUGACCUAAAUUGUGUUGAUGCGCCGUAAAACUAAACAAAGAAGCUAACGCUUUGAUAUGGGAAUACUUAAUCAAUGGGUGUGUCAGUACUGUAAUGUGUAUCUUUAUACAAUAGAAAUCAAUAAUUUUGUUAUCAUUUAAAUGCUUCUUGAUUAUGCUGUGCAAUGGUCCUUUCGUCUACAAUAACCUCAUUUCUAUAUGCAAUAUUUUAUAAUAAUAUUUUGUUGUUGGGUUUUUUUCACUUAUUUAUUUAUUUAUAUAACUUUUGAUAUUCCAGUCACAUAAGAUACUCAAUGUUUGUUGAAUAAAAAAUGCUAAAA